AAAGAAAAAGAAAAAUCAGACUGUCUUUCUAUCUCAUCAUCUUCUUCCUCCGCCCACUCUCUAACAUUUUCCCCGAUCUGAGUCGUCGGUCGCUUUCCUCCUCUUUCUUUCCAUCGAUCGGACAAAAAAAGUAACCUCAACUUCUGGUCGCCGCUGUCGCCAUCGUCGUUGGAGGUGAAGCUCUGGUUGUCUUUUCCUUUUUCUUUUCUCUCGUCGUGGGCAGAGAGACAACGAGAGUCGAGAGAGGGAAAAUGGAGAAGGGGGAAGUUGAAAUGGGUUGGUUUCUUUUUGUUUGCUCGAUUUUCAGGAAGAGGAAGAAGUAGAACAGAAGGUCAAGUGGGAGGAGGGAGGGCAUACCUUUUUGGCUUUGUGGCGGAGAGUACGGAGAAAGAUCGGGAGGAGUGAGAGCAGUAAUGUCGGCAGGGUGAGAUUGGGAUUUGAGAUAUAGGCAUUCUUGGUGGUAAAUGGAAGAACGGGAGGGGUUUCAUUCAGAUGCGGCGAAAUUGUCCAUCUGUUUCAUUAUAAUAGGUUGUUAUUAUCUACCUGAUCGCACCCUCUCUUAUAUUUAUCGGGUGGAUAACUCUCCCAACUCUCCCUACCUCUGUGUUGGAAACGCCGAAACCAAAUUCCAGGAGGUAUGUUGCAACUUUCCUCACCAAAUUAAAAGUCUGCCACAUAAUUCACUUAUUGUGUGUUUGAGGAAGUAGGAGAACGAUUCAGGUCCUUUUAGUUCCCUUUUGCCUCUGAACGUUUUGGUUUCAGUUUACCUCGAAGAAUGGAGGUUUGCUUUCUUUAUUUUUGAAUUUUUGGAUUCAUUUACUAUUUUGGCUUUGUGACAUGAAAUUGAUGGUUGUGGUUCAUGGCAAAGUUCUGUCCGGUUGGAACCUUUGACCCCUAAUUAGUUGCUCCAUCUUGUGGGUUGUGAGGUGUUGUGGAUGGGUUAACAAUGAUAUACAUCAGUAUACGAUUGAUAGAUGCAACCUUGAUAUUAUGCCUCUCAGCUAUUAUGCCAGGGAUGUUGCAAUGGAGCUUGUUUUGAGUUUUUUGUUUUUGGUCUUUGUCUUGUGUUUAACAAGCAUAGGGAGGGACUUGGUUGCUCUGUCCUUGUUUUGCUUCUCUGGGUUUUUUUAAUGAUAAUGAUUUGAUUAGUUAAAUAUGAUGGUAAGAUCUCUCGUUGAUGUGUUACAUAGGCAGAUUUGAGUGUCAAGCUUUUUCCCUUUGCUGUGGACAAUAUCUAUUCUUAAGGUUUGUAGAUGUUGGGUUUCAUCCGUGACACUUGGAACAGGAUGGCAGAUUGAGUCUUGUGCAGCUUUUGAUUGUGUUUGGUUGUUUUCAGGGUUUCUUUUUUGGUCCAAGCUAGUCUUCGAGAAAGCUUAUAUAAGUUUAGGUAUAUUUUAUAAGAAAAAACCAGGUCAAUAACAAGAGGACGCUAACCACGAAGAAACCUUCAAAAGGGAAGCAGGAAAACUAGUAGCCAGCAUAGACAGCAGCAUCCACAAUGUAGCAGUCGCUGUUCUUAUCUCCCAUUUCUUCUACAUGUACACUACAUGAGCAUAUCAGCCCACCAUCAACAACUUCAACACUGAUAAUCUUCCCCACUGCAAUUUCCCACAAAAGAUAGCUGUUAAGAAUGGUCGUAGCAAAACCAGUCCUUCUUUUUCCCAUUCGAGUACUCAUUCAUUAAUUUAAUCCAAGUACCCGGGAAGCACAAAGAUCCCCAGAAAAUCUAAAAAAACCUUGAAGCUCUAAUCUACUGAUAUAUAGUAGAGCAUAGUAUCCUGAAUAAAUGACUAUAGCUUCAAAGUUGAACUUGUGCUAGUGAGAAGAAGUUGGAAGCUUUGGAAAGAUAAGAACACAAACAGAACUCUUUGAUGGAUGGAGCCAUUGAGUGAGGCUUGUCAUGACCUAGUUUAUUAAAGUCCUUACUGUUAUUGGUGGCUUUGCUUAAGACAACAACUUUGGAAGAGAAAUUGAUGCUUUUGGAUGACAUGUUUUGGCUUAUGCAAUGCUAUCUUUUGAAAGGUGUGGUGACUGCAAAUCAUGGUAGGAUUAGAGUUUGGUCACUUUGUGAGUUCUCCCUUUGUUUAGUGUUCAUAGAUACCCAGAUAAGAAAAGAACAGAUGGGUCUUUUGUGGUAUUCUUUUCUUACUUGCUGCAAUAACUGCAGUCUUGUAUCCACUAUGUAAUUUCUGUUUAAAACUAAUAAAAUGCAUCACCAUAAUAAACCUGAUUACUUCCUUGGAAACACAAUAAUGUCCAUCUUUAUGUAAUUUGCAGGCUGCAGCACACACAAACCAUUUGGAGUUGAGGAAGAAGGAAAGAGAUAGUAACAUGAAACUGGAAGUUCAUGUUUUUAUCACAGAGCUAUUAGCAAGUUUGCAGCAGGUGUGUCGACAGUAGAUUGUUUUCAGCAGCGAAGCAGCUGUAGCAGUUUGAAAUCGCAUGUGGUCAAAAGGAUCGAGGUUUCUAAAAGGUAUCAUAGAGUACCUAUUGAUCGAGGCAAGAGUCUAUUGGCCAGUUAAAGGGGAAGCAUCAAACUGAGUUAUGUGAAUGCAGGUUAGCAGAACUAGAAUUCACCGCUAGCCAGCAAAGCAGAGAUGGUGCAUGAUUCCUUUUAAAAGCCAGAAUGGGCAUGAUAAUAAUAGAAAAUAAUAUGAUGUAUGAUAUUUGGCUUUGAUACUCUGUUAAGUUUUGUAACGAAGGCUGCAUAUUUGGUAGCAGAGUCUCUCACACCUCUUUUGUUCUCUUGGAGGUGUGCCGAGCAGUUAUCAAGUAGAGUUAGGAUUAUUUUAGUCUGUCUUCUUUUACUUCUUACUGAAGUUUGCAGGUUCAUUGUAAAUGUUCAGUGUACUUUGUAAUUUCUCAUUUAAUUAAUAAAUUUACAUAACCAUUAUAAAAAAA